CUUCAGACACGCGCUGCGCGUGCUCUCACCCCGGCGCGCGACUGUCACUUCCGUGUCGGCGUGUCUCGACGUCACGCGGAGUGUGAAGCAGGAAACGCGGAUGUGUUGCGCGUAAUCUUCAUCUACAGCCGUGUUGUGGUCCAUAUGUCAAAGCCAAAUUCUCACCCACGCUGAUCUGACACAUCGGGUUGGACAGAACCGGGUGGAGAAAUGCCUGCGGGUGUUUGUGGAUGCUGCGGUCCUCUCCGACCGCGCUACAAGCGGUUGGUGGACAACAUUUUCCCAGAGGACCCCAAGGAUGGACUGGUGAAAUCCGAUAUGGAAAAGUUGACGUUUUAUGCCGUCUCGGCUCCAGAGAAACUGGACCGCAUUGGCGCAUACCUCGCAGAACGUCUCAGCAGAGAUGUUGUUCGACAUCGCUACGGGUAUGUGGUUAUAGCGAUGGAGGCCUUGGAUCAGCUGUUGAUGGCUUGUCAUUCUCAGAGCAUCAAGCCCUUUGUGGAAAGCUUCUUGCACAUGGUGGCCAAAUUGCUGGAGUCCAGAGAGCCAGAUUUACAAGUGCUGGGCACCAAUUCAUUUGUGAAGUUUGCAAACAUUGAGGAGGACACGCCCUCUUACCACCGGAGAUACGACUUUUUCGUCUCGCAGUUCAGUGCCAUGUGCCACUCCACACAUGAGGACCCCGAAACUCGCAGAAGGAUCCGUGUGGCAGGAAUUAAGGGUCUUCAGGGUGUCGUGAGAAAGACCGUUAAUGAUGAACUUCAGGCCAUCAUCUGGGAACCUCAGCACAUGGAUAAACUCAUCCCCUCCAUGCUGUUCAACAUGCAAGAUAAUGAGGACUCGGAGAGGGCUGGAGAGGAAAAUCCAGCUGCACUGGCUGAGAGCUGCUUUCGAGAGCUCCUGGGUCGAGCCGCUUACGGCAACAUGAACAACGCUGUGCGUCCUGUACUGGUGCAUCUAGACAACCAUGGCCUGUGGGACCCAACCGAUUUCGCCGUUCCCUGCUUCAGGAUUAUCAUGUACUCGAUACAGGCCCAGCAUUCUCACCACGUGAUCCAGCAAGUGUUGUCUCACCUUGACACCCACAGUAAGAACACUCCACGUGUGAGGGCAGGUAUCGUUCAGGUGCUGCUGGAGACGGUUGCCAUAGCAGCCAAAGGCUCUAUUGGUCCCACAGUGCUGGAGGUGUUUAACACCCUACUGAAGCAUCUCCGAAUGAGUGUGGAUUUUGAACUAGGCGACAGUUCCCGCAGGAACUCGGCGAGCAGUCAGUCCUCCUCUCGCACGAAAGAGAGCGAGGAGCGCAUUGUUCAGAAUGCCAUCAUACAAACCAUAGGUUUCUUUGGAGGAAAUCUUCCGGAUUAUCAGAGAGCAGAAGUCAUGAUGUUCAUUAUGGGGAAAGUUCCUGUGUAUGGCACGCCCUGCCACACAUUGGACACUGUCAAGAUCGGGCAACAGGGCACCAAGAGAAUCCAGGCGAUGCUCCUCAGUUCUCUAAUUAUGGUGACAUCAGGGUUUAAGUGCAAGACGAUGUGUGCCGGUUUACCCGCGGCAUUUCUGGAACCGCUGUGCUCCAUCUCUCUGAUGGAGGACAGUGAGCUUCGGCAACAUGUCCUGGAGAUCUUGCACAACAUCAUCGAUCGUCAUGAUAACCGAGCCAAACUCCGGGGCAUAAGGAUUAUCCCUAAUGUGGCUGCUCUGAAGAUCAAGAGAGAAAAAAUAUCCAAACAAGAUAUAACUUUCAUGAAGAAGCAUGGACAGCAGUUAUACAGACACAUCUAUCUGGGGUGUAAGGAGGACGAUAACGUGCAGAAAAACUUUGAGCUCCUCUUUACAGCUUUGGCUUUGAUCACUAUUGAACUGGCCAAUGAGGAGGUGGUGAUUGACCUCUUGCGUCUGUCUCUCACCUUACAGGAUAUGGCCCUAACCAAUGAGGAGAGCAUGCCUAUGUUUAUUCGCUGUGGCAUCAUGGCGUUGGUCGCCGCUUAUCUCAACUUUCUCAGUCAGAUGAUUGCAAAUCCUGCUUUUUGCCAACACGUCAGUAAGGUGAUCGAGCUGAGGAAUCUAGAAGCUCCAUACCUGCUUCCUGAAAACAUUUUCAGAGAGAAGUGUGGGCUGCCAGACUCUCUGGAUCGUGAUGACACUGGUCUUUAUUUUCAGCCAGCUGAUCUGGCAGAGGCUCUUACUACUCUACCUGGAUAUAGUGUAGAGAGACUGGCUUUACCUUACAUUCCCCAGGUUACAGAUGAAGAUCGUAUGCAGCGCAGGAAGAGUUUUGUAGACACAAUUUCUCUCCAGGUUGACAUCAUUUCCAAUAGCUUACCUGAUCAGUCUCAUCUUGCAGAGGAGAUUACAUUUGAGACCCUGAAAAAGGCCAUUGAUACCACAGGCCUGGAGGAACAAGAGAGAGAGAGGAGAAGACAGGUGAUGGAGAAGUUCCAGAAAGCUCCGUUUGAGGAGAUAGCAGCACACUGCGAAUCCAAGGCAAACAUGCUUCACGAUCGCUUGGCUCAGAUAUUUGAACUCACCAUUCGCCCGCCUCCAAGCCCGUCGGGCACAGUGACCGUGACAUCAGGCCACGCCCAGUACCAGUCUGUGCCAGUCUAUGAAAUGAAGUUUCCUGACCUUUGUGUGUACUGAAUCAUGACUAUCACACGUCGCGUGACCACAUACUUGAUUCGGUGAUAAUCUUUUCAAAAGAUUAAAUCUUUAUUAGAUUCCACUCACCAAGCCUAAAUAUCUUGUAUAUAUUCAUGAUGCAAGUCAUGCCCAGGUAUAAUUCAGGCACUUAACCCCUGCAUUUUGCACCAAUCAGCACGCAAAGCUUAAUACCAGCCAUCCAAUCGUGCACCAGCUCUUUAGUGUCAUGUGAAUUAUUGUAAUGCGUGAAUUAUCGCUUCAAGAGCUCUUUUGAAAAAUGUUUAAUGGAAAUGACUUCAUUAACAAUUGAGGGACCUUAUAUGCUGCCAUUAGUAUAAAUGCUGGUCAAUCUCUUUUUUUCCGAAUCGUCAUUUGCACAUUAAGCCAUCAUCAGCAGAGAGAUUAACUCAUGACAAAUUUCUCCUAUGUAGAUUUUUCUGUACAAUAUAUAAUAUAGCUUAUUUUUGACAAAUCUAUAUAAUUUUAGAUGAAAUAACCGUUGUGUUCACUUUGCAUGGCUUGGUCGGUUCUUCUCAAUGUAAACUUCUGUGAGCCUUUAAUGUACAAAAUUAGCCUUUAAAGUCAAUGUUGUGGAUGUCAACGUGGACUUUAUUUUCUUAGUAAAUCACUAUUCCUCAUUUUGCCUUCACUGUGUCGAGAAACCAAAACAUUGGCUUUUUAUCACCAAAGAGCUCCGCCCACUCCCUUUCUUUAUGGCCACACACUGCCACCAAUCAAAUCGUGAGCCAAUCAGAAAUUAAAAACAGAGGGUGAGAAUACUGCAAUAUUUGUAAUAGGUGCAAGAAAAAUAUUUAAUAAUACUUGAUUUACUAAGAUUUCUAGCAGAUUGGGAUCGGAAAACUCUGGAGAUAAAUAUAAAAAUCCGAAAAUCUGCAUUCAUCAACCAGCUGCUUGUAAAUACAGUAGAAGCACAAGGGAAUUGUGAUGUGUUUUUGCUGUACUUGAGGACAAUUUUAGACAUUUAGACAAAUUUUGUGACUGUUAGCUCAAAUACAGUAAUUUUCUGGAAAUGUUUUCAUCCGUGCUUCCUGUGGUAGGAGAAGUGAACAAUUUCUGUUUAUCUGGUUAAAAUACGAAAAGCUUUUCAUGCUUUUAAAAUUUGCUGUAGUACGACUGGCUUUGCUUUGUAUUGUGAACGUAUUUGGUAUUUGGAUGGGACUGCAAGUUGGACAGAUAGAUGUGUUUUCUGCAGGUACGGCGUAUAUUUAUGGGUUGCUUAUUGUGGAUGAUGAAAUGUCUUGCAAAUCUGCGUUGUGGGAUUUGCAUGCACAGAAAGUAAAGAAUGUCUAUGAAGUAUUAAAAUGUCAAAGACGCUCAGUAGACUUAUUUUCUCUACUAAUUUACAUAAGCAAGAUAACAUGAGAUAAAGUCAGUAAUCGACAUCUGGUCGCUGUAUAUUUAUUUUCGUAAGUUGAUGCAUUUCAAUCGAGGUUGCCCUGCGAUCAUAAGUGUAAAAACUAUGUUCAAUGCUGUGAUGAAAUCAGGCAUAUGUCUGUAGAAAUGUGAAAUCACAAACUAAUGUAGAUCCAUGCAAUAUAUUUUUAUGUAAUACACAAUAAGAAUAUGAUGUUUCAUAAUGCGAGGCAUUUUAGACACAUCAUCUGUAAUGCGUCUGUAGAGAUGUGUGUGUGUGUGUGUGUGUGUGUGUUUUAAAGGGAUGUCCUAAGUCAUACACUUUUUUGCAUGCUGGUGUUGAAUUUUUUGUUAAAAUCUUAUAUCACAGUAAAGGGAAAUCAUUCUUACUGUAAAUGCUAGUUUCAUUUCUGUAACGUUUCAAUUAUGGUGCAUUGGCGUUUAUCAUAGGGUUAAAAUCUUUGUUAUAUCUAUAACCAUUUUUUUCUUUGUUAAUUGUUAGGAAAAUAAGGAAUAAGUUAAGUUGCAUUUCAUUUUUUUGGGAAUGUGUCAAUAUGGGACAGUAUGGAUGCGUGAAUGUGGUUAUGAUUGAUAUGGCAACAUCAUGGUAGAUUUUGAAUGUGUAACAUCGUGUGCAAUACAAACCACUGAAGUGUUGCUAUAUGAUUACAAAUGUUACUAUAAAAUCUUUUAGGUGUAAUUUAGCCAUAUCCAGGUUUCUUCAAAAUUGUCUGCCAUGUUAAUGUGCAAUGAGAUUUUAUGUAUGACGUAAUAGUCUUAAAUAAAGAUUUUGUAUUUAAA